AUGUCUCCUCCGGCUCCAGAGCAGAAGCCUCAGCUUCAACAACAACAACAACAGCAGGGCUCAUCAUCAGGAGAUUCAUCUUCUGGCAGCGCCAAUGACUCAAAGUCUGUGACGCCUGCUCCUAGCGCCACAUCCAAUACAUCCCAGAGCAGCACUGCUCCCUCAACAUCAAGCGACGAUAACCUUAUCUGCCGAUGGAAUGCUUGCAACCAAAAGUUCCCUGCUCCCGAGGCUCUCUACGAGCAUAUUUGUGAGCGCCAUGUUGGUCGCAAGAGCACAAACAACCUCAACUUGACUUGCCAGUGGAACUCUUGCCGAACUACCACGGUCAAGCGAGACCACAUCACCUCGCACAUCCGUGUCCAUGUUCCUCUGAAGCCUCACAAAUGUGAGUUCUGCGGCAAGUCUUUCAAGCGUCCUCAGGACUUGAAGAAGCAUGUCAAGACCCAUGCCGAUGACUCUGUACUUGUUCGCCCAUCCCAGGAUCCUCAAGGUGGACUCAACUACAGGCCACAGCCUCCAAAGGGUAUGUCUCAUCUCGACUCUAGUCCACGGCUGUGGUCCUCCGGUUUUCCCUCCCUCGAGGCUAAUCCGCCUCCAGGCCCCUCUAGCUAUUAUGAUCACACUGGUCAGAUGCGAACUAACGCAGCUGCCUUUGCUCAUCAGGCAGGCCAUCCUAGUGGCGGUUACUAUGCUCCCCAGCCCUCUACCAACUAUGGUCUCUACUUCAACCAGCCUCCCAUCAACAAUGCCCGUACCGAGCACCUUGGAUACAGCGCUGCUGCUGGCGGUUAUGACCGAAAGCGCACCUACGACAUGGUUGACGAUUUCUUCGGCAGCGCCAAGCGUCGACAGAUCGAUCCUUCGUCUUAUGCCCAGAUUGGCCGUUCCUUGAUGCCCCUCCAUGGCAACCUCUCCGUUCCCAACGGUCCUAUGACUGCUACCGAGCAGUACAUGCCUCAGCCUGCUCCCGCUCCGGUCCACGCUGGUCCUACUCCCAGCCAAAACCCCUUGGCUCAGCAAUACUACCUCCCCAUGCCCAGCGCACGAACCCAGAAGGAUCUCAUUCACAUCGACACCAUUCUUGGCCAGAUGCAAGACACUAUUUACGAGAAUGCCAACCACGCUACUGCUGGUGUCCACAUUCACCACGCUGAAAACGGCUUCAACGGUUACCGCAACACUCCUUCACCUCCUACCUCUCACAGGUCUCCUACCGGCAUGCAUGUCGGAGCUGACGGCUACCAGCCUGUGUCUGCCGCUAGCAUGGCCUCGCCUCUGACGGCCAUCUCAUCUACCGGCACUCCUGCCGUUACACCGCCCUCCAGCUCCAUGUCAUACACAUCUGGUCACUCACCAAGCCCAUCAUCCUCUGCCAUGUCUCCCCAGUCCCGCCACGGCUCGACUGCCUCAGUCAUGUACCCCACUCUCCCCACAAGCCUCCCUGCUGUUAGCCAGGGCUUCGGCCACUCUGCCACAACCACUCUUGGCCCUAGCUUUGACGGCAGCGAGCGUCGCCGCUACUCCGGCGGUAUGCUCCAGCGAGCUCGUGCUGGUCCUCUGCCUCUGCCUCGUGAGGACACCAGUGGUGCUUCUACUCCCAAGGCUAGCGAGUCUGCUCUGUCUGUGGGCUCUCCCUCUUCAGAGUCCGAUGUCAGUGAUGCUACCCGUGAGCGUGAGGAGCAGUAUGACCGCUGGCUCGAGAACAUGCGAGUGAUUGAGACUCUUCGCGAGUAUGUCCGGGGACGUUUGGAGCGUAAGGAGUUCGUGGAAGACAAUGAGUCCCCACGAUCUAGCCACUCCGACGCUAUGGAUGUUGACCCAAAGAGCCCUCAAGCUCCUCCCAGAGAACUGGGUACUCCUCGCGAGGGAUCCUCUCUGUACCCUAUCCUUCGCAUGCCUGGCGCUUAG